AUGGCUUCUUCUAUUCCCAAUCCUUCAUUAACCACAAUUUAUACAACACUUGCCGCUUUGGCAUCCAUCCUCAUCGUCUUCGUCAUUUUCUCAUUCUCAACCCAACCCAAUUGCCUUCGUCCGAACUAUGUUCGUGUCAGAACUCAUGAUUCCUUGUUGCCACCUGAUACCACCAACAUUUCCCACCUUGUUUUUGGCCUUGUGGGGUCUACAAACGCAUGGCACCAUCGAAAAUCCUACAUCGAGUCAUGGUGGCGCCCAAACAUCACCCGUGGCUACCUCUACCUUGACACUGCUCCAACAGACGAUCUCUUGCCAUGGUCGGAAGCCUCCCCUCCUUUUCGUAUUUCCGAUAAUAUCACAACGUUAUUCGAAGAAAGUCGACACAAUGGUGAGCCAGUCAUGGUGCGGUUGAUACAUGCGGUGAUCGAGAUUUUUAGGGAUGAAAGAGAAGAUGUAAGGUGGUAUAUCAUGGGAGAUGAUGACUCAAUCUUUUUUGUUGACAAUUUGGUUGAUGUUUUGUCGAAAUAUGAUCAUACAAAGUACAUAUACAUUGGUGGUCAUUCGGAGAGCAUAGCCCCGAAUGAAAUUCUAUCAUAUGACAUGGGAUUUGGUGGAGCGGGACUCAUUAUGAGUUACCCGUUGGCAAAAAUGGUGCAGAAAAACAUAGAAGAUUGUGUUCGAAGGUAUCCGCAAUUGAAAUGUGCUGAUCAAACGUUGAUGAAUUGUGUUAAUGAUUUUGGAGUUGCGCUAACUGCUCAUAAAGGACUUCAUCAGAUGGAUCUACAUGGGGAUGUAUCUGGAUUUUUAUCUUCACACCCAAAAGUUCCCUUGCUUUCCCUCCAUCAUUUUGACCAACUUGACCCAAUCUUUCCUUCAAUGGACCGUUCUGAAUCAGCAAAACACCUCAUGAAAGCUGCAAACAUCGACCAACCUCGUUUGGUGCAACAAACUGUAUGUUACGAUAGACAAUUAAAUUGGACCUUUUCAUGCUCAUGGGGAUACUCAGUUCACAUUUAUGAGAAUAUCAUACCUCGUAGCGUCCUAAAAGCCCCACUUCAAACAUUUAAGCCAUGGAUCUUGGAAUCUACUCCACCAUUGUUCAUAUUCGACACAAGACCACUCUCAAAUGAUCCAUGUGCAACUCCUCAUGUGUUUUUAUUUGAAUCCAUAAAAAUAAUCAAUGAAACUGAAGUGAUAACAAAUUAUGUCCGAGUUGCUUCACGUGGUUUGCCGGCUUGUGAAAUAGCCGGCAACCAUUCCGCAGAUUUGAUCAACAGAAUUGAAGUUGUUUCACCGAUGACAAAACCUAAGCAGGAUGGCAAAGCAGAAUGUUGUGACAUAGUUGAGAAUAAAAUGGAUUUGGUAAGGCUAAAGUUACGGGAUUGCAUGGAAGAUGAGUUGAUUGCUUGA